UCAAACACACACACACACACACACACACACACACACACACACAAGCGCGGUGAGAGACGUGGAAGUACGCACGGCGGACAACAAGCCGCACUUCCACCGCCGAGAACCAAAGAGGACAACCGAGGACCGUCCUGUCCGGCUCGUCCUCUCCCCGCCUUGCUGCGCUCUUGUGCGGGCACAAGUUGUGGACUAAACCCCGUGGGACUUCCGGUUCUUUUUUUCGGAGCACAAGUAACGGCGGAUGGAAGGACAGUGAUGGAGUUUCUCUGACAAACGUGCCCAGAAAGCGAGGUCUUACUCCCCCCACGUCCACCAUGCCGAUCCUCAAGCAGCUGGUCCAGUCCAACCAGUCCAAGCGGCGCUCCAGGGCCGACCUGACGGCGGAGAUGAUCAGCGCGCCGCUGGGGGACUUCCGCCACACCAUGCAUGUGGGCCGCGGCGGCGACGCCUUCGGGGACACGUCCUUCCUCAGCACGCGGUCGGGCGAGGGCCCCGACGGCGACGCCAAGCAGGGCUCGCCGGGCCCCAAGGCGGGACUCCUGGCCCGCACCUUCCGAGGCAGCCGGCGCUCUCAGUCCGUCAACCGCGGCGACAAGUACGAGUACGGCAACGUGGCGCCGGCCAACUUCGUGAAGAACGCCAUAUCCUUGCCGUACCUCAACGAGGAGGGCGGGAGAGGAGGCGUGUCCUCCAACCCCAUGAAGAAGCUGGUGGAGGUGGAGGUUAAACCGGCGAACGGCGCCGCCGCCAUCGCCACCUUCGACGCCGAGCUGGAUGAGCGGAACUUCGGCGACCUGGGCGACUUGCCCCCGUCCGUGCCUAAAGGCGGCGCCUUAAAGCACGCCGAGUCCAUGAUGUCAUUCCACAUCGACCUGGGGCCGUCCAUGCUGGGGGACAUCCUGAGCGUGAUGGAGAAGAAGGACUAUGAGGACGUGGACCUGGGCUUCGAGGAAGGCAAAGGAAGCGAGGGCUCGCCGUCGCACAUCCCGCUCAUCGACGACGAUGCGGCGGAGGAGCAGCGGCCGCCCGCCAGGCCGCCCCGCAUGAUGUACCCCGCGGAGGCGCCCUACACCCCCGAGCUGCACGCCAGGGACGCCCAGCACCUUGACAGCUGCUCCGUGUCCAGCGCCGGCUCGGUCUCGGAGGACAAAACGGCGUACGACCCGAGCAACCACCUGCAACACUACGCCGACACGGACAGCGCCAAGUACAGCUCGCCGCGCGGCGACGAGGACUUCUCCUUCAUGGACGACGAGGACGACGAGAUCAGAGUAUAAGCUAAGGACCCUACUAAUACUCACGAGGCCAUACAGAGUCACGUGGACGUCGCCUACAGCCACGGGUGUUGCGGAAGGACAAAGACGGCAGCACGUGAGUUGGAUCAUUUCUUAUUUGACCGGACGUCGCUUAGAAACGCUCUUAAAGCUACGACGCACUUAAUCACCCGAUCGAUGGUUUACUGAACGUUAGCGGAGACCUUGGGAUGUUUUUUGUACGUUAGAAAAACGCCGAUGAGGCAGUUUUGUGAGAAUCUGAGUGGAGAGGAAGGACGUGGCUUGAGUGACUUUUUGGUAGCGACCUCACCAUCCAAUCACGCCGUCGGCUGACUCAAACCAAUCAGAUGUUUCCCCGCGCUCGUCGUCAGGGGGGUCAAAAGGAUGCCAGAAGACGUCAACUCACUGGUCACAACAUUAGGUACGCCUGCACAAGGCAGCUUUUCCCAGCAUGCAUCAGUCUUUUUAACACAUGAAUAUAAUAUAAUUACAUUUUAAUAAUAAUAAUAAUAGAUUGUAUUUGUAAAAAGCACUUUACAUUGAGCAAACAACCUCAAAGUCUUACAGUGUAUUAAAAAAAAAAAAAAAGAUAAUUACAAAAAUAAAUAAAAACAAAAACUAGAACUAGCACACGUAAAUCUAAAAAAAAAAAAAAGCAUUUUUAAAAGCAU